AUGAAAACCUUUUUCCAGGGCUUCGGCUUCAUCUUUGCUGUGGUUGAAUGUGUUGUUGGGGUUUUCUUUAACUCCCACAUUAUAAUCCAGAACGUCCUGGACUGGAGAAGGGGGAACCGGCUGAGCCUGUGCGAUAAGAUCUUGGUCCUCAUGGCCAUGAAUAACAUUUGUCUUCAGUGCGACAUGAAUAUCGCUACCUUCCUGUACAUUGUUUUCCCGGAGAUGGUUCAGUAUCAGAACACUUAUUCCACCUUGUCGGUUUUCCUGAUAUUUCAGUUUUACUUCAGCUUCUGGAUCACGGCCGGACUCUGCCUCUUCUAUUGUCUCAGGAUCGUCACCUUUACCCAUCGCCUCCUCAUCCGGCUGAAGACCAACAUCUCUCAGGUCAUCCCCAGGUUCCUCCUUUUGGCCUCCGUGGGAUCUUUUGGCCUCAGCGUUCUCUCUGUUUGGUGCAUUGAAGUGGUUCCAUCCAAUAAGAAUUCUAAUUUCUCCACUAGUUUAUUAAUGAAUAAUGUGACCAUCGUACUGAGUCCGCCCUAUAAAGUUCUGACUAUAGUCGUAGGCUGCUGUUUGCCAUUUGUGCUGACGGUCCUCUGCACGAUCCUCACACUGUCCUCCCUGUUCACACAUACCUGGAGUAUGAGGAAGAACAAGGCCGGCUUCAGUAUUCCCCGGCUGGACGCCCACAUUCGAGCUGCCCGGAUCAUGAUUUACCUCGCUGUCCUCUACGCGGUCUUCUACCUCUCUGAAGUCUGUCUCCUGACAUCUUCAUUGUCUGUGGACAACCUAUGGGAACUUAUGUUCUUGGUUGUUGUGUUGAUCUAUCCUACAUCUCAGUCCUUGAUCAUCAUCUUUGGGAACUCUAAGCUUCGCUCUUCAUGUGUAUGGAUGAACUUCCAUACUGGGCAUCGAGGUGGCCCUCAUUUACCAUGGCAUGGCUUCUGUACCCGGGUGUGA